GUCUUCUGUAUGAAAAUGAUAUUAUGGAACUAUUCAAGGCUGUAAUUACCCAACCUCAAAAUAUUCCACUCUUCAACAUAUUUUCUUUCGAAAUAUUGCAUAUUUUGCAUUUUCCCCUAAUAAAAAACAUAUCAAUCGAUAGAUCUGCAGAUGUUAAAAGAUUUCCAGCGUUGAAAGUCAAACAAAUAUAUUAUUUAUUGUGGACUUAGGUCCCUUUUAUAAGCAGGUCCCAUUUGUGUGUAGUCAAUGUUCAGGUUGCACAAGGGUUAUGGCAGCUUGUUUCUCCCCCUCACCAUUAGAGGGUGCUGGUGGGUCAUCCUGCUGCUCCUUUGUUUAUGCACACAAAACUGUGCAAUAAUCACACUGGGACAUUUACUAAAUCGAUUCUUAUUUAUUAUGAUUCUGAAUCGAUGCAAAAUAUUCAAGAAUCAUUUUUCAAAAAAAUUUUACUGGCUGAUGACAGAAUAUUGGGCUUUUGAGUUAAAUUGGAAUACAACAGAAUGGGGGGAAAAACAAAAAAUAGUUUUGCAAUAAAAAAAUAUUUUCGAACAAAAAUAAAUGUUUUGGGUGACACAUUCAACUUGAACUUAAUGUUCCAAGUCUUUAUGUUGACUUAUUUACCAUAGGGCCUUGACAUGGGACGACUUCCACCCUUAAAACCUUUGCAGGUGGUCGUUACUGACCAAUUAGCAGGCUUCCAACGUGUUGUCCAGAGGAGGCACCGCCCACAAGCUUGAGGUUGAGUCGGAACAAACAAAAAAGGGUUUGCAAACAAACAAAGAUUUGUAACCAAAUAAACAUUCGCACCUAAAAAUGUCUGUAAUAAAAAGAUUUGUAACCAAACAAAGAAUGAAACUAAAAAACAUUUGCAACCAAAAGAGAUUUGAAACAAAAAGAUUUGUGAUAAAAAAAAAAGAAUUGAAAAAAAGAACAAUUUGCAAACAGAAAACCUUUUGCAAUAUUAAAAAAAACAUUUGAACCAAAGCAAAUAUUUGCGACUAAAAAGUUAUUAGUAACAGAAAUAUUUGCAACCAAAAAAAAACAUUUGCAACCAAAAAAUGUUUGUGACAAAAAUAUUUUUAACUAAAAAAAUAAUUUAGCUAAAAAACACACAUUUGCAACCAAAACAAAUAUGUAACAAAAACAAGAUUUGUAAUUUUAAAAAAAAUAACAAAAAAGAUUUUCAACAAAAAAGAUUUAUAACAAAAAUCGACAUGCAAUGUAAAAAAAACAGAUUUUUAACCCCUCCAAAAAAAACAAUGAAACCAAAAUAUUUGCAACCCAAAAAGAUUUGUAAUAAAAAUAAAAAUAAAUAUUUACAACAAAAAACGUUUUGCAAUUUAAAAAAAAACUUUUUUUGAACCAAAGCAAAUACGUGCAACCCCCAAAAAACGAUUUGCAACCAAAAAAGUUUGUAACAAAAAAGAUUUGUAACCAAAUAAGUUUUGUAAUAAAAUAAAAAAUAAUAAAUAAAUAUUUGCAACAAAAAACGUUUUGCAAUAAAUAAAAAAACACAUUUGAACCAAAGCAAAUAUUUGCAACCAAAAAAAUGUUUGUAACAAAAAAGAUUUGUAACCAAAAAAAGAAUGAAACAAAAAAAAAAUUGCAACCAAAAACUGAUUUGCAAUAUAAAAAAAACAAUAAAACCAAAAUAUUUGUAUUUAUAUUAUAUUUUAUAUUAUAUAUAAAAAACAAAACACAUUUCAACCAAAGCAAAUAUUUGCAACCCAAAAAAAACGAUUUGUAACAAAAAAGAUUUGUAACCGAAAAAAAACAAUUAAACAAAAAAAAAAUGUAAAUAAAUAUUUGAAGGGGAUAAGACGUAGAAAAUGGAUGGAUGGAUAUUUGCAACAAAAAAUGUUUUGCAAUUAAAAAAUAAAAAACACUUUUGAACAAAAGCAAAUACUUUCAACCCCCCAAAAACGAUUUGCAUCCAAAAAAUGUUUGUAAAAAAAUAUAUUUUUUACCAAAAAAAUAAUUAAACUCAAAAAACAUUUGCAACCAAAAAAUGAUUGGCAAUAUAAAAAACAGAUUUGCAACCAAACAAAAACAAUGAAACCAAAAUAUUUGAAACCCAAAAAGAUUUAUAAUAAUAAUUUAAAAAUAUAUAUAUAUUUGCAACAAAAAACGUUUUGCAAUAAAAAAAAAAAUACACACACAUUUGAACUGAAGCAAAUAGCAAACCAAAAAAAACGAUUUGCAACCAAAAAAUUGUUGUAACAAAAACUAUUAGUGACCAAAAAAAGAAUGAAACCAAAAAAAUGUUUGCAACCAAAAAAUUAUUUGCAAUAUAAAAAAAAAAGAUUUGUAACCAAACAAAUAAUUAAACUAAAAAAUAUUUGUAACCAAAAAAGAUUUAUAAUGAAAAAAAACAUUUUUAGAUAAAUGUUUGUAACAAAAACGUUUUUCAAUGAAACAAAAACAAAACAUUUGAACCAAAGCAAAUAUUUGCAAACCAAAAAAAACGAUUUGCAACCAAAAAAUGGUUUUAACAAAAAAUAUUAGUGACCAAAAAAAGAAUGAAACAAAAAAAAAUGUUUGCAACCAAAAAAUGAUUUGCAAUAUAAAAAAAAACAGAUUUGUAACCAAACAAAUAAUUAAACUAAAAAAUAUUUGUAACCAAAAAAGAUUUAUAAUGAAAAAAAAAUUUUUCAGAUAAAUAUUUGUAACAAAAACGUUUUUCAAUUAAACAAAAACAAAACAUCUGAACCAAAGCAAAUAUUUGCAACCCAAAAAACCCGAUUUGCAACAAAAAAGAUUCAUAACCAAAAAAAGAAUGAAACUAAAAAAAUAUUUGCAACCAAAAAAGAUUUAUAAUAAAAAACAUUUUUGAAGAAAUAUUUGUAACAAAAAUCGAUUUGCAAUUAAAAAAACAAAAACAUUUGAACCAAAGCAAAUAUUUGUAACCUAAAAAAAAAUUUUUGCAAAUAUUUUGCAAGCAAAAAAUGUUUACCAUCCUAAAAAUAAAUGUUUUUAUUGUUUGCAUGUAUAUAUAUAUACAGUAUAUGUUGUAAAUCCAGUUUUUGUUGUUUGCGUGUAAUUAAAGAAGUAUUUGGUCCCAGCUGAUAUUUUGGCUGUCAGCUGUGUUUCUUCCUCAAAGGUGCAACCUUUCAUUAUCAUCUUUCUGAGAAAGAACAGGACAAAUGCACAUUUAGCUAUAAAUAGCCUCACAAUGAGUGGCGGUUCACGCCUGCCGAGUACUCCCCCGAGUGGUCUGAGCAGACCCCGCCCACUUUCCAGGUGAGCGCCGCUCUAUAAAGGGCAGGUCCACUUCUCGCCUUUCAGCAAGUCUCUUGUUUUCCUUUGACCGAGUCGGAGAAGCGCGAGGAUGCGGGCGAUGCUCCCGCCGGCGGCUCUGCUCCUCACCCUCUGCUGCUGCACCUAUGCUCAGCGCCUCAGCUACGUGUCUCCGCAUAUCGGAAGCUUCGCCGGAGCCACGCGUCUCACCCUCACGGGCGAUGGUUUCGCCCAAGAGGGACAGUUCCAGCUGAAUCCCAAGGACGACACGUUCGGCAACCGCGUGACGCUGGUGUCGGACACUCUGUCCGUGCCCUGCGAUGUGGAGAGGGACUCCACGCACGGCACCCAGAUCUUGUGCUACACCAGACCCAUGCCCCGCGACCAGUACGUGGUCCACGUCAGCGUGGACGGGGUUCCCAUUCCCGAUGAAAACAUUUGCAACGGCGCUUACAAGCCCUACCACUGCAGCUUCUACACCAAGUGGUACAGGACGCCCACCAUCCAGUCCUUGAGUCCGGUCAGCGGCCCUCCAGGGACCUUGGUGACCAUACGAGGACUGAUCUUCAGUGACGUGUAUGGAAGCAACACCGCGCUGAGCUCCAACGGACGAAACGUCAGAUUUCUCAGGUCCUACAUGGGGGGGAUGCCAUGUGAGCUGCUCAGACCUGAGUCUGAUGAACUAUACAACCUGAGACUGGACUCUGAAAGAUCUUCCUGGGGAUAUAUGAGCUGCAGGAUGACAGGGACUUAUGUUGGACAUCACAACAUGAGCUACAUUCUGGAUGCAAAUUAUGGCAGGAGCUCAGCAGACAAGAAGGUCUACAGAGUCUCAGCCCUGCACAAGUUGGGAAUGUUCCAGACCUACGCAGAGGUCGCCAGGGUCACGCCGUCCCACGGCAGCGUCCUGGGCGGAACCCUACUGACCGUCCACGGGCGCUUCUUCGACCAGACGGACGGCCCGGCACGUGUGCUGGUGGGAGGACUGCCGUGUGAAAUCCAGAGCGUGCGCGACAGCGAGAUCACGUGCGUGACAGCCAAGCGGCAGAUGACAGACGACGAGCGCAACACAACAAUCUAUCCAGGUGGCCGAGGCCUCAAGAUGGAGCUGUGGAACAACACCAGGUCCGGAGACCUGAGCGACAUCCAGAGCUACAACGAGAGCAAAGAGGGAUACUGGUCACAGUGGAUCGACUCCAUGCCGCACAACUUCCCCCAUGAGCUACACGACUUGAGCACCAGAACCAGAGGCUUCUUCGUGCCGCCGGCCAGCGGCAACUACACCAUUUACCUCAACUGCGACGAUAAAUGCCAGCUGUACUUCAGCAACUCCAGUCGCCCGGAAGACAAGGUCCAAGUGGCUUACCAGCCGUACUACGUUGGCGACUACACAAAAUUGGAAUCGCAGAAGUCUGAAGUCAUGGCUCUCGAGAAAGGAAAAGUCUACUACAUUGAAAUCCUGCAUCGGGAAUAUAACGGUGCAGCCGGCAUCAACCUGGCCAUGUUCCGACCCGAGAGCUGGUUUACCGAGGAGCAGUCAGACGAUGCCGUCAACGAGGUCCAGGUUGUCACGGUGAACUACGAGGCCCUUGACGAAAAGCAGGUGGUGACCUUGGAGGCGUGGCCUGACAAGGUUAGUGGCGUUCAGGAGGUGCAGAAGGUGAGCGUGAGUAGCGCCUGUGUGGGCCUCCAGUGUGGAAGCACCUACUUCAGCCUGCACUAUGAAGACGUCAGCACUGGCCCGAUUGCUGUCAGCGCCGCGGCAAACGUGGUGGAGAGAGCCUUGAACAAUCUGUGGUCCAUCAAACCCGACUCGGUUCGGGUUAGCAGGGACGAGGACAGCGACGGAGUUCAUUUCACGGUCACGUUCGAUUCCGACCGGGGUGAUUUCAGGCCUCUCCGCUACGAAAGCCUGGGUUUGGACACCAACAUCACCGUCACAGAGGUGACCAAGGGCAGGAGCAACAUGGCCACGUUCACCUUGGUCUGGGGGGGCAUACCCACUAAGCCCAUUCCCAGCAGUGCCAAUGACUCAGAGGUCCAGUGGGCUCUGGAGGACAUGAUGAAGGCCGAGUGUCCGGUUGAGAUCGUUACCGAGGAAGGACGGGACGUGAAGUUCUUCAAGGACUAUGAAGAUGACCACGACACGUUCGGCGGCGCCAAAGGGACACGGGUUAAAAACGGUGCCUUCUGCGGAUCGUGGUCGCUGGAGAAUGCCGAGGUUCUUUUCAAGGAAAGUUACAGGACGCGGUCCGGUGCGGCCUACGGGGGCAUUUCCCUGAAGCAGCAUCCGACGCUCUGCUUUGCACAUAAGGGAAUGUUCAAAGAUGAAAUUGGCAUAAAAUUUACUUACACUGAUGAAGAAGACCAAAUCAAGACCAAGACGGCAAAGAUCAACACCGUCUUUACCAAAGGCUACAAGUGGAGUUACAAGUGUGUGGACUUGCAGACGUCUCUGCAGACGGACUACGUUGGAAGCGCCUACACCGUCCUGGAGGUUUAUCUCUACAAAGACGAGUCCGGGGAAGACUUCUACGUGGAUGCCGUCCACAUCGGCAAGAGGUCCACCACAGAGGAGGAAUACGCUGUUCCUGGCAAGAGGAGGCCGCCGCCGUUUGAGAGCACAGGUCUUGCUUUCAAGGAGAUCUCUGUCGUGAAAGAGACCAACUCCAACGGGUCGCAGGCCAGCUUUGAGAUCACAGCCACACCACUGGACUGCGGCUUUGGGUUCCCCCUCAUAGACGUUGGCUUCCUGCAGAGGACCAACAGCAGCGAGGACUCGGCUGCGUUUCAGGAAGGUGCCGCCAUCGUCACAGUCGCUCGCCCUCACAGAGCCACCCCGCCUCUGAACGGCACCUUCGGCGUGGAGAUGAAUGGGCAGCGUGUUGAAGGUCUGUCGGUGGACAUCAGUCAGGAGGACCUGAAGUACGCCCUGGAGGGAAUCCCCGGGAUGGGCCUGGUGGAUGUGAAGUACACUGGAACGUGCAGACAGCCCAAGUGGAUGGUGGAGUGGCUGACGCGGCCGGGAGACCAGCCUAUGCUGCAGCUCAACGGUUCUUUGGUGGUUGGCAAGGACGUGGAUGUCUGGGCCAGUGAGAGGAAGAAGGGAGGGCAGAUGAUGCGGAGCAUGACCGGAGACUUCUUCCGUGUCUGGGAAACCAAACCACAGGUGGAGGUUUACAUCAACGGCAUUCCCUCCGAGUGUUCCGGAGACUGCGGUUUUCAAUGGUCCGAGGACAAGACCCCCGUUGUGAGCGGGAUCAGCCCCUCUAAAGGAUCCGUCGGACUUGGGACUCGUUUGACUGUCACUGGUUCCGGCUUCGGCGUCCAAAACGCCUCCAUUACGGUGGGAGGAGCCGAAUGUGUCGUGGAAGAGGUCUCGGCUGACAGUCAAGUGUGCAGAUUGGGCAGCGCCGGUGCCGGCACCGUCCCGGUGUGGAUCAACUUCCCCUCACUGGGUCGUCCGCGCGUUGCGGCCGGUGGCGUUCUCAACUUCACCUACCAGCUCAUCGUCUCCUCCUUCUCCCCGGUGUCCGGCAGCGUCGCAGGGGGAACGCUUUUGACGGUGACGGGCUUCGGCUUCAGCGGGAACGCCAGCGUCGCCGUGGGGGACGCGGCGUGCAGUGUGGUCCAAGCGAGUCAUACGGAGCUAAAAUGCAGAACACCAGCAGGGACUGCCGGCUCGCAUGCGGUCACAGUCCACCUGGGCAACAUGAGCGAGGCGGCGAGCGCGGCCUUCACCUACGACCUCGCCCUGACACCGCAGAUCUCCGGGCUGAGUCCCCUAAAGACCUCCGUCUUUGGACGGCGCCUUCUCACCAUCCUGGGCUCGAACCUGGGCGACCGAGCCAAUGGCAGCGCCGUGUACGUGGGCAUGAGGGAGUGCGCCUCCGAGGAGUGGGCGUCAACAAGCGUCACCUGCGUCCUGCCCGUGUUGCCCCCGGGCCUGCACAGAGUGGACGUCCUCGUCGGGGACAAUGGCUACCCCCAGACCAGCAACGGUGUGAACGCCACCAUCGAAUACAUCCUGGAAAUCAACGCCAUCUCCCCCACGACUGGUUCUCUGAUGGGAGGAACCGAGCUGACCAUCUCUGGAUCUGGUUUCAGCCCAAACAUCUCAGACAACACAGUGUCUGUUGGAGGAUCCGAAUGCGAGGUGAAUGCGGCUUCUGAGAACGAGCUGCAAUGCGUGUUGAAGUCAGAGGAGCAGACUCACAUUGUUACCAACCAGGGAGUCCACCACAUCCACGGUCUAGGAUAUGCCUGGGACCCAGCGUCUAUCGCGGUGGCUGUGGGGGACACCGUGACGUGGACGUGGGAGCCGCCGGCCUUCAAGAACAGCUUCCGUUACGCUGUCUUCCACGUUUCCAGCCCUGGUGGCGCCACCGCCGAGGAACCACUCUUCUCCAGCGGCGAGCCCCAGCCUGGGAAAGGCUUUUUCAGCUACCGUUUUACCAUCCCGGGUGUCUAUUACUACAGUAGCGGUUACAUCGACCAGAACAAGAAGUUACAAGGUGUUGUGAGGGUCCAACCUCGAGGCCAAAGCGACAACGAGGUCACCAUCAGAGUGGCGGGCAUAGAGGCCAGACAUAUGACUGGAGUGUCCCGUCGCGUCUCCAGGUCUAACCACGAAUGCGUCGCCACGCCAGAGUGCCUUGAGUCCGAAGUGUCGUCAGGCAGCCUUUCCUUCAGCACCUCCGCCUGCUUCACCCCCACGGUCCACUCCAUCUGGCCCAACCAGGGUUCCUACCACCAGCACAUCCACAUCCAAGGAGACGGCUUUAGCAACGUCAGCUGCGCCAUCGAGGUGAUGGUCUGGGAUGAGCCCUGCCAGGUGGUCAACAGUUCCCGGCGGGAAAUCUACUGCCAGCUGAGCGCCAACAACAGUCUUCCCGUUGGUGUCGCUCUACCUGUAGGCGUUCGAGUUAACAACUUAGGCAGCGCCAUCGUCGCCGUGGCACAGGAGCUGGACCGCCGCUUUGUUGUUUUGCCCGUCAUCGACUCCGUGUCGCCCUCUGAAGGCAGCUCCACCGGCCACACCAGGCUGUCGAUCCACGGUUCUGGGUUUUCCGAGGGUGAAGUAACUGUAGCCGGCCAAGUCUGUGAUGUGGUUUCAGUCAGUUACACCCACGUGGUGUGUGACACGGCCCCCUCCCUGCCACACCAUGGCGACGUCGUCUUCCAGGCGGGGAGGAUCCAGAGUUCCUGUCGGUCCGACUGCUCCUUUCUGUACUCGUCUUCCAUCGCUCCAAAUGUCACCGCCGUUUCUCCCGACAGCAUCAGUGGUUUAACCAACGUCACCAUCUCAGGCGCAGGGUUUGGUACCGACCCAGAGGAUGUGGCGGUUUUCGCUGGCGACAUCGAGUUGGAAGUCUCCGACGUGGCUGAGGACGCCAUCACGGUGAAGGUCCAUGCUCUCCCUGCGGGCGACCAUGACGUUCACGUGAUUGUGCGGAGUAAAGGCUUGGCGUCCGGGGACGUCACCCUGACCAGUCAGGCCCAGGCUGUCCUGAGCCCCUCGGAGGGGAGCCAGGCAGGGGGUACCCCUCUCCUCCUCACCGGGAAUGGCUUCCUUCCUGGGAACACCAGCGUGACGGUCGAUGGUGAACAGUGCGAGAUCGAGGAGGUGGCGCCCGGUCAACUGAGGUGCUGGACGCCUCCUCACAGCGAGGGCCUGGUAUCCGUUAGCAUCCACGUUCUCUCAGUGGAGUACCCUCCCCUCAACUUCACCUACUCUACAGGCCACACCCCCAUUGUCAGCGCCAUCAGUCCCUCCACUGGACCGAGCGCUUCAGCGAUCACGCUGAGCGGUUCCGGGUUCGGCACCGACACCCAGCAGGUGACCGUCAUGGUGAACGGCGUGAGCUGCAUAGUGCUGUCGGUCGCGGACAACCGGGUGGAGUGCACUGCGGGGGACAACCCCGGCGGCGAGUACCCGGUUAUGCUUCGCCACCACAUCAAAGGUUACGCUCAAUCCAGCGUCAGGUUUACUUACGAGCUGGUGCUCAGCGGCGUGCAACCCAACGAGGGUAGUUUUGGCGGUGGCGCUGAGCUGACCAUCCAGGGUUCUGGGUUUGACCCGCUCAACUCGGCCGUGCUGAUCUGCGAGGAGGAGUGCCAAGUCGACAGGGAAGCGUCAACGCCGACACAACUCUACUGCGUGUCCCCAUCCAACAACGGCUCCGACUCCGAGGUGAGGUGCCCGGUGGCUGUGGCCAACCCACUGGAUGCUGUCAACGUGUCGGAGGGCUUCACGUACAAGUCCCAACUCACGCCCGUGAUCAGCGAGGUGUACCCACGGCGAGGAGGCACCGCCGGCGGUACUUGGCUCACCAUCGUUGGCUCCGGUUUCAGUACGGACCCCAGCGAGGUCAACGUGACCAUCGCAGGCUCCGUGUGCGACGUCCAGUCCGCCAACGACACGCACGUGGUGUGCGUCACCGGCACCCAGCCGCAGUCUCAGGAGACUAAAGUCCGAGUCAGCGUCAGAGACCAAGGCGUGGCCAAGAUGGACCACGCAGAUUUCUUCUACAUCGACGUGUGGUCGUCCAAGUACACGUGGGGCGGGCUGUCUCCACCCGAGAGGGGCUCGUUAGUGGUCAUCAGCGAGGGACAGACCAUCCUGCUGGACACCAGCACCCCCGUGCUGAAGAUGCUUCUCAUUAAAGGAGGCUCUCUGGUCUUUGACGAGGCCGACAUUGAGCUGCAGGCAGAAAACAUCCUCAUCACCCACGGCGGACGGCUGCAGGUCGGCCAGGAGGAGGCGCCGUUCCAACACAAAGCCAUCAUCACGCUCCACGGAAACCUGCGCUCACCCGAACUUCCUGUGUAUGGAACCAAGACGCUGGCCGUCAGAGAGGGCACACUGGACCUGCAUGGUAAACCAGUUCCAGUCGUCUGGACCCACCUUGCCGAGACGGCGGAAAGCAACUCCUCCACGCUGACCCUGAUGAAGGCGGUGACGUGGACAGUGGGAGAUGAAAUCGUCAUCGCUUCCACCGGCCACAGGCAUAGCCAGAGAGAAAACGAAGUGCGGACCAUUGCAAGCCUGUCAGCAGAUGGUGUGACCCUGACCCUCACCCAAGCUUUGGAGUACUCUCACCUCUCGGUGGCCGUUACCCUGCCGGACGGUACGCUCUUCGAGGCCCGGGCGGAGGUGGGUCUCCUGAGCAGAAACGUCGUGGUGCGAGGCUCCCAACACGAAGAGUGGCAGGACAAGAUCGAGGCCUGCCCGGAUGGUUUCAACACAGGAGAAUUCACCACACAGACGUGCUUCCAAGGACGGUUUGGCGAGGAAGUCGGCAGCGAUCAGUUUGGCGCUUGCAUCAUGCUCCACGCCCCCCGCCCCAGCGAGAACCUUGCCGUGGGGAGGCUAUCGUAUCUCGAGCUUUUCCAUGCCGGACAGGCCUUCAGGCUGGGUCGGUACCCCAUCCACUGGCACCUGAUGGGAAACCUGGAAUACAAGUCGUACGUGCGCGGCUGCUCCAUCCAUCAGACGUACAACCGAGCCGUGACCAUCCACAACACUCACCGGCUGCUGGUGGAACACAACAUCAUCUACGACAUCAUGGGGGGCGCCUUCUUCAUCGAGGACGGCAUCGAGACGGAGAACAUCCUGCAGUACAACCUGGCCGUGUUCGUUAAGCAGAGCACCAGUCUGCUCAAUGACGACGUCACCCCCGCAGCCUACUGGGUCACCAAUCCUAACAACAUCAUUCGGCACAACGCCGCAGCCGGGGGCACCCACUUUGGCUUCUGGUACCGCAUGCACGAGCACCCCGACGGACCGUCCUACGACCGAAACAUCUGCCAGAAGAAGGUUCCUCUCGGGGAGUUUUUCAACAACACGGUGCACUCUCAAGGCUGGUUCGGUCUCUGGAUCUUCCAAGACUUCUUCCCGAUGAAGGAGGGCGGCUGCCGCUCCAAGACGCCCGAGCCGGCUGUCUUCCGGUCUCUCGUCACCUGGAACUGCGAGAAAGGAGCCGAGUGGGUCAACGUGGGCGCUGUGCACUUUACAGACUUCGUCAUGGUCAACAACGAGAAAGCCGGAAUCGAAGGCAAACGCAUCAUACCGUCCAUGGUUGCCGCCUUUGGACCGGACGGCGGUGCCGGGGUGUUCAACACUACAAUCGUGGGCCACAUAGACGCCCUCGGUCUGGGAGAGAACUACUGCACGCACCGAGGCAUCAUCGCACCACUGGAUGACGGAAUGAGCGUCGCGGGCACCAAAUUCAUCGACUUUGACCGCGGCGCCUGCGCAGCAAUCGGGGUGGCUUCAAUCGACGGGAAGUGUGUGGAUCGCUGCGGUGGCUGGGCUGUCCGGUUUGAAGGGAUCGAGUACUUCAACUCACCCAACAAGGCCGGCCUCAGGUGGGAGCACGAGGUCCAACUAGUGGACAUGGACGGCUCCCUCACAGGAAACAUGGACUACAAAGUGGUGCCUCUGACCGGACUGCUCGACCCGGCGCACUGCUCCGAGAGCGCCGAGUGGAGUGUGGCCUUCCCCGCCGCUUUGUGCGACCACACCGUGAAGUUCCAUCGAUUGGCUCUCAACAAUCCCUCGCCGUCUUCUCUGGACGCCAAGGAUAUCAUCUUAAGCAACUCGCAUGGUUCCAGCGCGGUUCCCUAUUUGAAGAAGAGAAUGACACACCCGCUGGGCUGGAUGGCCAUGCUGCCUUCAGGGGACACGUACAACUGGUACUUUGACAACGCCGACCACUUGACCAACAUCAGCUACGGGGCCAAGUUCUAUGGUUUUGAGCCGGAUCAGUACGUGAUCAUCCACCACAACCUCACGCAGAGUCCAGACAAGUUCCGCGUCGUCGACGAGAGGAACGGCUCGUCGUCGCCGCUGAGCUUCAGCGCCAACAGCAAUGGCGACUGGUACUUUGACAACAGCACCAACGACCUUUUUUACAUGGUUUCUGGGACGACCAGCGAGCGUCGGCGUCGCAACAGCGUGGACCCCUCCAUGCUGGACGUAGACGUCAACUUCAAGGUCUACCGCUGCUUCUACCCCAACUGCAUCCCGCCCACGCCGCCUCCUCCGGCCACGCUAGCCCCGCUGCCCAGCCGCCGGCCCGACGACUUCAUCUUGUGGUCCAACGCUUCCUUCUGGACCUCUUCUGCUGAAAACAACUUCAGUGCGCCAGCAGAUGGCGCUGACGUGGUCAUCCCAGCAGGAAAGUGGGUGGUCUUGGACAGUGACACCCCUGCCCUCAAUAAGCUGACAGUCAAUGGCGUUCUGGAGAUCCCGGAACCCUCAAACAGCUCGUCCAGCCGACCGGCUCGGGCAGCACCUCAGAACCACACCGUGGUCAUAGACGCGGUCUACAUCUCCAUCCAGGGCGGCAGGCUGACGGUCGGGUGGGAGGACGAGCCCUUCACUGGGGAGCUUCACAUCAGACUUAGGGGGAACCACCGCACCCCCGACUGGCUUCUGCCCAACGGACCCAACCAGGGGUCCAAAGUCCUGGGUGUGUUUGGCACCCUGGAGCUCUACGGACAGCCGCACGACGUGUACCACACCAAACUGGCCGCAACAGCCGAGGCGGGGACCAGCAUGUUGACCCUGGCGGAGGCCGUCGACUGGAAGGUGGGAGACGAGGUGGUCAUCUCCACCACCGGCUACAGCGCCUGGGAGACGGAGAAGAGGGAGGUCGCCGAGGUGUCGGUCGACGGACGCGUGCUGACCCUGAGCCAACCCCUGACCCACACCCACGUCGGUGAGACUCACUCCGUCCCGGGAACGUCGCUCUCCUACACGCUGGCGGCGGACGUGGGCCUCCUGAGCAGGAACAUCAAGAUCCUGGGUCAGGACUACGCUGACAUGAUGGAGGAGUCAUUUGGUGCCAGACUCCUGGUUGGAACCUUCUCCGCCGAUGGGAUACACUAUAAAGGGAAGGCGCAACUCAGGAAUGUGGAGUUCUACAGGUCGGGUCAGGAAGGGUGGAGCGAUGACUUUGACCCGCGAUACUCGGUGGCCUUCCUCAACCUGGGCCAGGGCAACGAGUCGUACCUUCAAGGCUGCGCCUUCCACUGCGGCUUUUCUCCGGCCAUCGGCGUGUUCGGGACAGAGGGCGUGGCCAUCGACGACAACGUCAUCCACCACACGGUGGGCGAGGGCAUCAGGGUCGGGGGGAGGGCGAACAUCUUGAGGAGGAACCUGGUCACCAUGACCUUGUGGCCGGGGUCCUACCAGGACCGAGAGGAGCCCUUCAACUACGACUGGACGGCGGCCAUCGAGGUGAGCGAGGGAGAAGACGUGGUCUUGCAGCACAACAUCGUGGCAGGUUACGAGCGCGUGGCCUACCGCAUUGACGGCGAGCCGUGUCCAGGUUCCUGGCAGGAGAAGGAGCAGUGGGCUCACAACGAGGCUCACGGCGGCCUCUUUGGCGUCUACAUGAACAAAGACGGCCUGCCCGGGUGCUCCCUCAUCAGGAGCUUCUUCAUCUGGAGGAACUGGGACUACGGCGUCUACUUCCAGAGCUUCAUGAACGUCAUGGUGGCCAACGUCACCCUGGUGGACAACGGCAUGGGCAUCAUGCCGCUCAUCUAUGCCCCGCCCUCUCUCAGCCACGCCUACGCUGACAAGUGGGUCCACGUGGAGAAUGCCUUGCUCGUCGGCAGCAGCCCCAACUUCAACUGUUCUGACACGCUGGAGGCCAGCGACUUCAACCUGGUCAUCACUCAAGACCACCGAGCCCCCCGGCCCGUCAAUGGAGGCAGAUCUGGAAUCUGCUGGCCGACGUUUGGAUCCGAGCACAACACGGCCCCCAAGAAGCCCCACCACACCAACAACAACUACAACGCCAUCAAGGGCCUGAUGAAAGUCGCCGAUUCCACAUUCGUCAGGUUCCGGAACGUCUGCUCGGGCGAGAGCAACGUGAUGUUCCUCACCAACCCCUUGAACGAGGACUUGCAGCACCCGGUGCACGUUUGGGGCCUGAGGAUGGUGGACAGCGCCCAGGAGGCCCAGGUGUUCAUCCACAGGGCCAACGUGGGCAAAGUCAACCCGGCCGACUGCGUGGACAUGGAGUGCGACGCCAAGAAGAAGAGCUUGCUGAAGGACUUGGACGGCUCCUUCUUGGGCUCCGUGGGAACCGUGCUGCCGCAGUCCGAGUACGAGUGGGGAGGGGAUCCCAGCAGGGGGCUGGGCGACUACCGCAUCCCCAAAGUCAUGCUGACCUUCCCCAACGGGAGCCGCAUCCCGGUGGAGCAGAUCGCCCCACACAAAGGUGUGAUCCGGGAGAACUGCACCUACGUGAGUGCCUGGCAGUCCUACAAAUGUUUCGGACUGAACUACAGGAUGCUGGCCAUCGAGAGUCUGGAUGCCGACACCGAGACCAGACGUCUGUCCCCAGUGGCGGUGCUGGGCGACGGCUAUGUGGACCUCAUCAACGGCCCGCAGGACCACGGCUGGUGUUCGGGGUACACCUGCCAGCUGAGGGUGUCCCUCUUCCACAGCAUCGUGGCCACCGACCACGCCUUUGACGUCUUCUUCAGCAGCGUCAGUCCUCAGAAGCUCCGCCUCUUGAUGCUCAGCGCCGAGCCGUCCGAGAGCGUCCUGGUGUCUGUCUUCUACUCCAAGCCGCAGAGGUUGGACGUGUACGUGGACGACCAGCUGGUGGCGCCCACCAACGCCAAGUGGAACUCGGACAACAGCGACUACACCCUCAGCAAGCCCACCUAUGAAGGUCAAUACGUCCCGGCGCUGAACGCCACCAUGGGCGCCAACUUCUUCCACCCGACCUCCAAGAUGUUGAAGGUUCUGGUGAGAGGAUCCGAUCCGGUGGAGAUCCGAACCUCCCCAGUCCUCUUCAUCGCCUUCGAGCUGCCCGCCAUGACCGAGGACGAGUUCUUCGGCGACAACCUGGUCCAGAAUCUGGCCGUGUUCCUCCGAGUCCCCUCGCACAUGAUCCGGGUCACCAACAUCAUCCGGGAGGACUCGCGGCGCAGGAGGAGAAGCACGGGUUUGAAGGUGGAGGUGGAGAUCAGGAAGCCUCCGGUCCGGCAGGUCACCAACAGCACCGAGGACGAGGAGGACUUCCAGUUGUUGCGGAACAUCGCGGAUGAUCUGGGUCAGGCGGUGGUCUCGGGCAACCUCAGUCAGUCCAUUGGCUUCAACGUGUCCUCGGUGGGUGUGGUGGCGCCCCCGCCUCCUUCCUCUGACCCCCAUUGGAAGGACGUGGCGACAGAGGAGGUGACCAGGGAGGAGCCCGAGGUGAGCUUCGUGUCCAGCGUGGAGAACCUGCUGCUGGUGGUGGAGCCUGUAGCGGGCGGGUACGUGGGUCCUCUGCACCAGCAGCCCAGUCUCAUGGCGCUGGAUGAGCAGGGCGACUGCGUCUCGGUGGGCGUGACCACCCUCACGGUCACGGCCAGCCUGAAGGACUCGGACGGCGAGGGCGUGGACGGCCUGGAGGGAAACGCCACCAUCUUGUUCAGCGGCUGCUGGGCCAACUUCACCGACCUCUCCGUCCUCAGCGGCGGCGAGAACCUGACCAUGGUCUUCACGCUGAACGACUGGAGCGCCCGGUCGCUGCCUUUCACCGUCAGGGAGACGACGUCCCCGCCGACGCCAUCGACCACGACGUCGACCACGCCGGACGGCAGCAUCUUCAGCACCGGCGCCACGGCGACGCCCGGCAGCCUGUGCCUGGUCAGCGUCAUCUACGCCGUGGCCUGCUGCUCCCAAGACGUCCCCGUCUGCUAGAUGAAGAACUAAACAAUUAUUAUUAUUUUCUAAAAUGUGAUUUUCUCUCUUUUUCUUGCCUUUAAUCUUUAAAAUAAAUGAUUUGAUGAUUUGAAUCCAUUCUCAGUGUGCAGCUUGCUUUGGCCACCGUUGGAUGGCGCCCCCGUGUGGACGAAUAGGAAAUCAACAACAACAGCGUCUUGACUGGGGUUCCUCUCCAUGGUGCUGAAAGACACCAGGUGCGGUUUUUGCGCCGACCACUGGAGGGCGGCAGAGCUCCAAGGCAACCGGUGGUCGUGCCAAAUUCUGCCCUUAGAUGUCAAUGAUUCUAAAUAUGAUGUA